AUGAACUCUAUCGAGGUGAUAUUAGCCGCUAGUCAAUAUAGCCAAGGAACAGUCGAACCUUUUGUGACCGUCCAAAGUGAUGGGGCGAUGUCGGUAUUUUCAGCCAAUCAAGAGGAGGCGACGGCAGAUUCUUCGGGGGAAGAUUUGGAACGAGAAGGAGAAGCAAACUUACGCGAACUCAAGUAUGUGAUAGAAACCCUGAAGGGGAUCGAAGAUCGUUUUAACCGCCAAUUCCACUACUCUUACGUCUUCCUCAACGAGGAGCCUUUUACGGAGCACUUCAAAAG